AUGCGUCUCAUCGCUUCUAUUGUCUCAUGCCUGGCGGCCCUCGCCAUGGCCUCGACCCAGGCCGACUACUCCCAGUCCCCCUCGGGCAAUGCCAUCGUCAAGCCCGGUCUGAACGAGCUGGUCCCUGCUGGAAAGCCGUACACAAUCGAAUGGGAUCCCACCACCAAGGGCCCCGUCUCGCUGGUGCUCCUGCGCGGUCCCAGCACCAAUGUGGUCCCCAUCGAGACGCUGGCCGACAGCAUCCCCAACUCCGGUAGCUUUUCCUGGACCCCCAGCACCUCCCUCGAGCCCGACACCACCCACUACGGCAUCAUGCUGGUGGUCGAAAGCACAGGCCAGUACCAGUACUCGACGCAGUUUGGUAUCUCCAACCCUGACUACACUGGCUCGACUUCCAACUCGUCUUCGACUGCUGCUGGCUCCUCGACGGCCACUGCCGCGACCGCGACCAAGUCUUCUUCCGUGACGGAGACUUCUUCUACGCAGUCGACCACGGGCACAACUACUGCGACUUCUGCUUCGGCCAGUGCCGACUCCUCCACCACCGCGACCGCCUCGGAGACGCCCUCGACUACCCUCGUCACCAAGAGCAGCACCUCCGAUGCCCCUACCUCGACUGUUGUUGUGACUGUUCCUGACAGCACUGGAGCGGCCUCUUCGGCCGUUGCCUCUGGCUCUGCCAGCCACUCCAGCACCCCGUCGCCCUCGGCGACUCUCUCGAGCGGAGGGGACCGCAAGGCGAUCAGCCUGGGGGCGGUCGUCGUAGGAGCGUUUGCCGUGAUGGCCUUUUGA